CCGGCGCGAGUGGGUGCUUGGAGCCCGUCAAUCUCGGGUGUGGGUAGGUUCCUCAUCCUCCUUCUCCUCUCGGCUGCUGCAGGUUUUGCAGCGCGAGGUUGGGAUUCUCGACGUGCUCCGACCCGCCACACGUGCCCGAGGCAAUCGUGACCCCACCCGAGACCGCCUUGUGUUCCAGAGCUUUGGCAGUUGGCUGUUACAAGUCACGCUAAAAUCCAAGUCCUAGGCGAGGAUUUUAUCACUUCGCAUCAUCUUGUAGAGGAGGUCUGUCUCGCACUGACCAGGUUCUUUCAUCUUGGUCCUACGAGAGAACGAUGUAAAAUCUCUCCUGCUUCAAUUUGUUGCUGUAGCAGCAGGCAGUUGGGGAGUGGGUGUCGUUGGGGAUAAGCCGAGGUUGUAUUGCGUGGAAAAACGCUUGGAAGGAGCUGUGACUUGAUUGUGUGCUGUACUGAAGCUGUGGAGGCGUGAGAGAUGGGUUACAGUGUGGGUGCGUUCGUGCCGGUGGAGACAGGCAAUAUGGAGAGUGGUUCUCUGUCAGUAGAUAAUGAAGUUCCUCAGGUGGGCUUGGAGAAGAAGCCCUUGUUGUCUCCUUACCAGCUGGGUCCUUUCAAGCUUUCUCACAGGAUUGUGUUAGCACCACUUACCAGAUGUCGAUCAUACCACACUAUACCGCAACCAUCACAUGCUGCGCUCUAUUACGCGCAACGCACCACACGCGGGGGGCUCCUCAUAGCCGAAGCUACUGGGAUUAAUGAAACCUCGAAUGGGUAUCCACACACUCCAGGGAUUUGGACGCAAGAGCAAAUGGAAGCAUGGAAGCCUAUUGUAAAAGCUGUUCAUGAUAAGGGAGGCGUAUUCUUCUGUCAGAUAUGGCACGUCGGCCGAGUGUCUCAUGCUUCGUAUCAACCCAACGGCGCAGCACCUGUUUCUUCGAGCAGCCAAACCUGCACUUCAGAUAAAAUAUACCUGCCACAAGCGGAUGGUGCGGUGGAAUGUUCCACACCCCGACCAUUAGAGAUUCAUGAGAUUGCUGAGUACGUGGACGAUUUCCGUAAGGCUGCCCGCAAUGCUAUUGAAGCAGGUUUCGAUGGGGUCGAGAUUCAUGGUGCACAUGGUUUUCUCAUCGAUCAAUUUUUGAAAGAUGGCAUCAAUGACAGAUCAGACAAGUACGGUGGAUCCAUGGAAAACCGGGCCCGCUUCCUGGUUGAAAUUGUGGAAGCAGUGACAGAAGAGAUUGGUGCUGACCGAGUUGGAGUGAAACUCUCUCCAUUCUCACAUUCAUACGGUGCCACCGAUUCUGACGCUACUGGUCUCUCUGUGUUCCUUGCAGAGACUCUGAAUCGGUACAACCUCCUGUACCUGAUGGGAGUUGAGGCAAGCGGGUGUGGUGAUGAGGAGUCAGCCGAAAGCUUGUGGCCCAUGAGGAAGGCCUUUAAAGGCACUUUUUUCAUCGGUGCUAGUGCCGGGGCUGAAGAGGGGCAUGAAGCUGUUAGGAAUGGGAAAGCGGAUAUGGUUGUUUAUGGAAGGUUGUUCCUUGCUAAUCCAGAUCUGGUGAAGAGGUUUGCUUUGAAUGCUCCAUUGAACGAUUACAACAGGGACACUUUCUACUCACAAGAUCCUGUUGUUGGCUACACAGACUAUCCCUUCCUUGAAGAUGUAGAAUCUCAACGAUUAGAUGCAACAAAAUACACUCCUUUGAAUACCAAGAUAGCAGAAUUCUGUUCACGUGCCACUGUCUUGUGAGAAGUAAGCAAUGGCAUUGUGCAUUGUAACAAGUGGCCUUCAUAGAUGAAGAUCGGCGUUGUGGCCAGUUGUGCUCCUGUUAUGAGCCUUGGGGUAGGGUCCUCCAGAGUAAGAAUCAUGGAGAGGAUUUAUUUGCUGCUCAGAAGUAUGAAGCUCAGUCAAUACGAUAGAGAUAAGAGCUGGUUGCUUUCUAUGUGUAGUUGAUCCAUUGCAGGGAGUGAAGAUCGAGGUCAUGCAUUAAAUUGGUGUAUACUGAAGGACGUAACCAGCAUUGUAUAGAAAUUAAUCAAUUUAGCGGAAAUUGAUUCAGAAGAUGAAACUUGUCUACAUUUUUUCCACCUCACUGAAAUAAACUGGAUUUAGUACUUUGACGUAGAACAAAGCUCUUAUUCAAGCUA